GCCCCUCCCGCGCGCGCUCCCCGACUCCCCGGCUCGCGCCGCUCCAUGUAGCCCCGGAUCCCCGGGAGACCGAGGAGGAGGGGGCGACCACAAGAUGGCGGACCUCUCGCUGCUCCAGGAGGACCUGCAGGAGGACGCGGACGGAUUUGGUGUGGAUGACUACAGCUCAGAGUCUGAUGUGAUUAUUAUACCUUCAGCCCUGGACUUUGUCUCACAAGAUGAAAUGUUGACGCCACUGGGGAGACUGGACAAGUAUGCUGCAAGUGAGAACGUGUUUAACAGACAAAUGGUGGCCCGGAGUUUGCUGGACACAUUGAGGGAAGUCUGCGAUGAUGAAAGAGAUUGCAUUGCUGUUUUGGAAAGAAUUAGCAGAUUAGCUGACGAUUCAGAACCGACGGUGAGAGCAGAGCUGAUGGAACAGGUGCCUCAUAUUGCAUUGUUUUGUCAAGAAAACCGGCCUUCCAUCCCAUAUGCUUUUUCCAAAUACUUACUACCUAUUGUGGUUAGAUAUCUUGCAGAUCAGAAUAAUCAGGUAAGAAAAACAAGUCAGGCAGCUUUGCUGGCUCUGCUGGAGCAGGAGUUAAUUGAGCGAUUUGAUGUGGAGACCAAAGUGUGCCCCGUCCUCAUAGAGCUAACUGCCCCAGAUAGCAACGAUGAUGUGAAAACAGAAGCUGUGGCUAUAAUGUGCAAAAUGGCUCCCAUGGUUGGGAAGGACAUUACAGAGCGUCUUAUCCUCCCUAGGUUUUGUGAGAUGUGCUGUGAUUGCAGAAUGUUUCAUGUUCGAAAGGUCUGUGCUGCCAAUUUUGGAGAUAUCUGCAGUGUAGUUGGCCAGCAAGCUACUGAGGAGAUGUUGCUGCCCAGGUUUUUCCAGCUUUGUUCUGAUAACGUGUGGGGAGUCCGGAAGGCUUGUGCCGAAUGCUUCAUGGCGGUUUCCUGUGCGACAUGUCAAGAAAUCCGACGGACUAAGCUGUCAGCACUGUUUAUUAAUUUGAUCAGUGAUCCUUCACGUUGGGUUCGCCAAGCAGCUUUUCAGUCUCUGGGACCUUUCAUAUCUACCUUUGCUAAUCCAUCUAGCUCAGGCCAGUAUUUUAAAGAAGAAAGCAAAAGCUCAGAAGAUACAUCAGUAGAAGACAAAAAUAGGAUCAGAGAUCAAGAAGUUCCAGAGGAUGUACAGAUCAGGCCAGAGGAUGUUUCUUCAGAUCCCAGUAUUAGUAAUUCCAGUGUCAAACUGGAAAACAUGGUGGAAGAUCAUGCUGAAACAUCUAGGAAAUCUCCAGGUGAAAUAAGUGUCCCAAUGGACAGCUCUUUACUUUGUACUUUGUCCUCAGAAUCUCAUCAGGAAGCAGCUAGUAAUGAGAAUGAUAAAAAACCUGCUAACUACAAAUCUGCAUUACGGCCAGAGGGUGGCGCCAGUUCACCAGAUUCAGCUCUCUUAGAUCAGGAAUUGUACAACUCCUUCCAUUUCUGGAGGACUCCUCUUCCUGAAAUAGAUCUAGACAUAGAGCUUGAGCAGGGCUGUGGGAAUACUCUCAGCCCAGAGAGACCAGAAGAAACCUCUGAAGUCACCGCACCAGGUUCUUCAAAUAUCACUAUGGCCACCAGAAAGGAACUUGAAGAAAUGAUAGAAAACCUAGAGCCGCACAUUGAUGAUCCAGACGUUAAAGCGCAAGUGGACGUGCUGUCCGCCGCGCUGCGCGCUUCCAGCCUGGACGCUCGCGAGGAGGCCAGCGAUGCAGAAAGGAGAAGCGAUGCGCAGGACGGGCUGGGUGUGAACGAGCCACCAAACUGUAAAAUAAAUCACGACGCCUCCGUGCCUUUAAUCCGCGAUGCUGUUGAGAAUAUGGAGUCUACGCUUUGCUAUAUUCAUAAUGAUUCGGACUUGAGCACCAACAGUAGUUUUAGCCCUGAUGAGGAGAGGAGAUCCAAAGUGCAAGAUGUUGUGCCUCAGGCUCUGUUAGAUCAGUAUUUAUCUAUGACGGACCCGUCUCGUGCACAGACAGUCGACACUGAGAUCGCGAAGCACUGUGCAUACAGCCUUCCCGGCGUGGCCCUGACCCUGGGCAGGCAGAACUGGCACUGCCUAAGAGAGACCUAUGAGACGCUGGCAUCAGACAUGCAGUGGAAAGUUCGAAGAACGUUAGCCUUCUCCAUCCACGAGCUUGCAGUUAUUCUCGGAGACCAACUGACAGCUGCAGAUCUCGUUCCGAUCUUUAAUGGAUUUUUAAAAGACCUCGAUGAAGUCAGGAUAGGUGUUCUUAAACAUUUGCAUGAUUUUCUGAAGCUUCUUCAUAUUGACAAAAGAAGAGAAUAUCUUUAUCAGCUUCAGGAGUUUUUGGUGACAGAUAAUAGUAGAAAUUGGCGCUUUCGAGCUGAACUGGCUGAACAGCUGAUUUUACUUCUAGAAUUAUAUAGUCCCAGAGAUGUUUAUGACUAUUUACGUCCCAUUGCUCUGAAUCUAUGUGCAGAUAAAGUUUCUUCUGUUCGUUGGAUUUCCUACAAGUUGGUCAGCGAGAUGGUGAAGAAGCUGCACAUGGCCACGCCUCCCACAUUCGGAGUGGACCUCAUCAAUGAGCUUGUGGAGAACUUUGGUAGAUGUCCCAAGUGGUCUGGUCGGCAAGCCUUUGUCUUUGUCUGCCAGACCGUCAUUGAGGACGACUGCCUUCCCAUGGAGCAGUUCGCUGUGCAUCUGAUGCCGCAUCUGCUGACCUUGGCGAAUGACAGGGUUCCCAACGUUCGAGUGCUGCUCGCCAAGACACUAAGACAGACUCUGCUAGAGAAAGAAUAUUUCUUAACCUCUGCCAGUUGUCAUCAAGAAGCCGUGGAACAGACCAUCAUGGCUCUUCAGAUGGAUCGGGACAGUGACGUCAAGUAUUUUGCAAGCACCCACCCCGCCAGCACCAAAGUCUCGGACGAUGCCAUGAGCACAGCUUCCUCGACCUACUAGAGCGCUGGAACCUCGUUGUCCUUCUGCUUCCUCGGGAGCCAGGGGCUGACAAGUGCUCCACGAGAGUCAUCUGGGACAGCCUUUGGGAGGAGGAGAGACCUUCCUCUCGCGCAGACUCCAUUGCAGGUGCAAGUUGCCUACACUGAUACCAGGGAUUUUAAAAGUCAAGAGAAAGUACAGUAAACACUAUUAUCUUAUCUUGACUAUAAGGGAAAAUAAUUUCUCAGAGGAUUAUAAUUGUCACCGAAGCCUUAAAUCCUUCCGUCUUCCUGAAUGAAACUUGAAUUGGCAGAGCAUUUUCCUUAUGGAAGGGAGGAGAUUCCCAGAGACCUGCAUUGCUUUCUCCUGGUUUUCUUUAACGACAGGUAGAUGGAGUGACAGCCAGAAGGCGGCUGUGAGCCAGGAUGUAAAGAGACCUUCAGUAUUAGCCCGCACUGUCCCCACGCAGGCAAGGACCUGUUGGUUCUGUGGCCAGCUGCCCAGCCCCGCCCUAAGUGUGAAUAGUUUUUGGCGUGUGUAAAUGCAAAACGAGAUGGGGAGGGGGGGUUCUCCUAAGGGCUUGAUGCUAACACUACAGUAGAAUCUGAUUUUAAUUCUUAAAUGCAGCAUAUUGCUGUGCACAUUUACAGAACGUUGGCUGAAAUCUGUGUCCUGAUUUUCUUCAUGCUGGUCAUGACCUGAAGGAGUUUAUUGGCACGUGUGCUGUAUGUGAGGUGUUUUUAACUUGAUCAUGAUCGGCUCUGAGGUGCAGCUUUCCUUCCCACACUGUACAUACCUGUGACCACUCUCGGGAGUGCUGCGGUCUUUAAUCAUGCUGUUUAAACUGUUGUGGCACAAGUUCUCUUGUCCGAAUAAAAUUUAUUAAUAAGAUCUAUAGAGAGAGAUAUAUACACACUUCUGAUUGUUUUCUAGAUGUCUGGGGAAAUGCAGUUUGUGACCUGUAUUAAUGAUUUAGUAUGAAGUGGGAAAACUAGAUUAAAAUAUUUGUCUUUUAA